CUGGGAGUGGGACUGGCUUGGUCUGCUUUGUCAGAGCAUUUUCUUCCUCCAGAGUCCAUGUUGAGCUGCAGUAUCAUCAGUGAGGUGAAAUGGCGCUUCGCUACAGCUGUUUGGUGAGGCCACUAAAUCUGAAUUCUUGCCAUCAAAACCUGUGGAAGAAACUUGCGAGAUGUUUGUACAGCAAAACUGGAAAGUGGGUGACAGACUUAUCUGUAGACACCCGCCAUGAGGUGGAGUCGUACUGGAAGGAACAGCUAGAACUCUACACUGCAAAUCAGACUAUAAAUCAAGAGGACAAGAGACCCAAGUUUUAUGUGCUUAAUAUGUUUCCCUACCCCUCUGGGAAACUCCAUAUGGGCCAUGUACGAGUCUACACCAUCAGUGACACCAUUGCACACUACCAUCGAAUGAAUGGCAAACAGGUGCUACACCCUAUGGGUUGGGAUUCCUUUGGUUUGCCAGCCGAGAAUGCCGCUAUUGAAAGAAAACUCAAACCAGACGACUGGACCUACAGUAACAUUGCGUACAUGAAACGGCAGCUGAAAGACCUGAGUAUGUGCUUCAACUGGGAUAGGGAGGUAUUUACAUGCAGCUCAGACUACUACCAUUGGACCCAGGACCUCUUUGUCAAACUGUACAAGGCAGGACUAGCGUAUCAGAAAGAAUCGUUUGUCAACUGGGAUCCAGUCGACCACACGGUACUCGCUAAAGAACAGGUUGAUGAGAAUGGUUGCUCCUGGAGAUCUGGCGCUGUGGUGGAACAGAAGCUCCUCAAACAAUGGUUCCUGAAGAUGACUCACUACUCAAAGUCUCUCUUGGAUGGACUGGCCGAGUUGCCUCACUGGUCGCACGGCGUGAAGAGCAUGCAGGCCAACUGGAUUGGGGACUGCAGUGGGUGUGCGUUCCAUUUCACACUUCAGGUCGCAAGUACUGACAUUGACCUUGAGCUUCCUGUCCACACCUCUUACCCUGAGCUCAUCUACGGCGCCUCUCACAUCAUCCUGGCUCCGACUCAUCUGCUUCUUAAGAAGAAGGAAUUCCUCCAGUGUCUGUCCUCGGAGGUGCAGCAGAAGUUAAAGGAAAUGGACUCCCAGCAGAUUGAUGUCAACCUCGGUGUGAAGGCCCUCCAUCCCCUCAGCAAAAAGCUCAUUCCAAUCUUCACCUCCAGUCGGAUCCCAUUCCAAGAGAAUGUGGAGUCCAGACUUGGUAUCCCUUGCUCCUCCUGUGAAGAGGAUCAGGAGUUUGCAGCACUGAAUGGGAUCUCAUAUGAGGUGGUGCUCGACCUGAAGAGUCAGGGAACUAGACUUAUCAACUCUGACCAGUUCACCGGGCUCGGAGUAGACGAGGCUAAAGACUCAAUAAUGCAACAUGCAAGGGAUCUGAAUGUAGGAGGUCACAUGACCAGCCCCAGACAGUUUGAUUGGUUGAUAUCGAGGCAGCGUUACUGGGGAACUCCGAUACCUAUGAUCAACUGCCCACAAUGUAAGACCGUUCCAGUUCCAGAGGAAGAUCUACCAGUAGUUCUACCCAAGCUAGAUACCCUCACUGGAAAAGGAAUGUCCCCACUGGUCGACGCCACAGACUGGAUUAACGUUGAGUGCCCGCAGUGCGGUGGUUCGGCCACGAGGGAGACGGAUACAAUGGACACGUUCGUCGACUCCUCGUGGUACUUUUUGAGGUACACCGAUCCGAGGAACACGGAGGCUGCGUUUGGGAGGAGCGUGGCAAACUGGUUGAUGCCUGUGGAUUUGUACAUAGGAGGGAAAGAACAUGCAAUUAUGCAUCUUCUGUACGCCCGCUUCAUCAAUCACUUCCUUCAUGACCAGGGUCUCGUGGCACACAAGGAGCCCUUCACACAUCUACUCACCCAGGGUUUAGUCAUGGGACAGAGCUACCGAGUAGCUUCCACUGGACAGUAUAUCAGGCCAGAUGAAGUGGACUUCAAUGGUAAGGAGCCAGUGCAACAGGGUACGGGUGAGAAACUGAUUGUGAAAUGGGAGAAGAUGAGUAAAUCGAAGCAUAACGGCGUGGAUCCAGAGGAGACAGUCAAACAGUACGGGAUAGAUACUGUCAGACUAUUCAUCUUGAGUGGUAUACCCCCGGAGCAUGAUAUGCCAUGGAACAUAGAAACCGUCUCUGGAAUAAUUCGCUGGAAGAACAGACUAUGGUCCCUGGUGUCACGGUUCAUCGAGCUGAGAAACAAGAAGGACGAGGGGAAGAAACUGACGGACAAGAAGAUGGCUGACUAUGAGACUAAGCUGAAGAAACUCAGAAAGACAGCCAUUCAAGAUGUCACAGAGCAGUUUACCUCAGACUACAUGCUAAGCGUUGCAAUCACACGUCUGAUGACGUUAACCAGCGCACUACGUAACUAUCCAGACGACGUCGUACGUGACAGCCCGGCGUACGAGAAGGCUCUGUGUGCUUUGUGCAUCAUGACUGCCCCGGCCGCACCGCUUAUUACAUCAGAGCUUUGGAGAGGGAUCGCUGGGGUGCCUUAUCACAUCUCAGACCAUCAAUGGGAUUGUGAUGUUCUACUGCAGUCAUGGCCAACAGAAGCAGCGGAAAUAACGGAUCAAGCGGCAGAUAUUAACAUUCUUAUGAAGGUAAAUAACCAGACAAAAGGCAGAGUCCAGGUUCCAGCUCAUCUACUGCACGAUGAAAAGGAAGUACAGAGGCUGUUACUAGACAGUGACCUAGGUCAGGAGGUCAUAGGUCAAAGAAGCAUUAAAAGGGUCGUGUUUGUGUCCAAAGUACCACUUGUGAACUUUAUACUGGAUGAUCCCAGUUGAUGUGGAACUGUUUAACAAUUUUUUAACAAAAGUUUAAUGAAGCAAUUCACACCAGUUUUUUGUAUUGAAAUAAGAGGGACUCCAAAGUCAAAUUCAGUUUUGUGAGUCACUUUUUGUCCAAAAGAUAUAGUCCUUAUGGAAAUAAUUACAAAAUUACAGGUGUCUUCUCAACGCUACAACGUUGGGAAAUGCCAAUGUUUUGGAUACUUUCAAGGACAUUUUUUGUCAAAAUCCAAGUGCUUAUUUAUGGGGAAAAUUAUACAGAAAGAUCAUAAGGUCACAUGUAAAGGUUUCAGCCGAAAAUAGUGUCUGUCUGUUGAAAAAAAAGCAACAAACUAGCUGUUGUAUGGUAUUUUCACAAGAAACUUCAAAUCCAUCAAUGUUUAGCGAGGUGACAGCGUGUAACAACCACAUCUCUUGUUGCAGCAUACGAAAGCCAAAACAUCCCCUUGGAAAUCCUAGAAAUGAUUCAUAUAAUCAAAUGUUUUGCGACUUAUCCAAACCAUAUUACAUUGAAAGGGAAUUCUCUUUUAAAGGCACUGGACGCUAUUGGUAAUUACUCAA